AUGAUCUGCUUUUUACUGAUUGCAGCUCUUUCUAUUCAGAAACUCGAACGAGACGAAGGCGAUCUUCUAGAGUCAGUUUUAGACGAAAUAAAAUCACUGCGCCAGGAGGUAAAUGAAUUACAGAAAUCCUUACCAAAAGAAAAUUUUUAUAAUCACAAAAUUGAAAAAGAGUUGCCACAAGCAAGGGAAGGAGAUCCUCCAUCACCAGCACCAACAAUACCACCACCACCAACUCCAACACCAGAACUAAUAGGUUUUGCCCUUUAA